CAACUGCGCACUUCACGAGAUCCCGUUGGCCUCGCGGUAUUGUAAACAAACGUGUGAUCGUAGUUCCACCAAGGGCUGGAUCGGACAAGCUCCUCGAGAGAAACCGACUCGAAUCAAUGAGCUGUAAGCGUCGAGAGAGCGUUUUCGGGAGAAAAGGCGCCGUGUUUCACCGAUUUGAUCGGAAUCACAGUGAAGUCUCGAGUGAGUGAGAGAUCAGCUGGAUCGAGUGAUUAGCCGCUAGCGCUAACAUACAGAGUAAACAACAGUCCUCUGAAACUACACUUCAAAUACGGUCUCCGUCGCUCUGGUUCAGGAUGGUGUCUGUGGAGAGCGUGUCCGUCCUAGUCUUCUUCUGCACUGUGGCGCCGUCUCCUGGUCAGGCGUAUAUAUAUGCUCAUUACAAUAACAUGACCUCCAUGCUGUUCGAGGAUCUGCCCGCUCUCUUCGGCUCUCCUCUGCCAAAAGAUGGACUUGAGGGUGUGCUGGUAGAAGCUCGUCCUCAGAACGCCUGUGUGUCUAUAGAUCCUCCUCCAGUUUCUCCCACAGCGUCUGAUCUCAACAGCACUAAAUACAUCGUCCUCAUCCGACGCUAUGACUGUAACUUUGAUAUCAAGGUGCUCCAUGCACAGCAGGCAGGAUUCAGCGCAGCCAUAGUUCACAACGUGUACUCUAAUUCACUUCUCAGUAUGGGAUACAGCAAUGACACGAUCAUGGAGAAGAUCGAGAUCCCUUCUGUGUUCACGAGCUACUACGCGUCUCAGAUCCUGCGCAGCAUCAUCAUCCCAGAGAAAGGGGCUUUUGUGAUUCUGAAGCCCGAGUUCUCCUUCCCUCUGUCCUACUAUCUCAUCCCCUUCACUGGAGUAGUGGGCAUUAUCAUCCUGGUCAUGGUCAUCAUACUGAUUGUGCGCUGCAUGCAGCACAGGAAGAGACUUCAGAAAAACAGACUCUCCAAACAACAGCUGAAGAAAAUCCCCACUCACAAGUUUGUUAAAGGUGAUAGUUAUGAUGUGUGUGCGAUCUGCCUGGAUGAGUAUGAAGAGGGAGACAAGCUGAGAGUGCUGCCGUGUUCUCACGCGUACCACUGCAGGUGUGUGGACCCCUGGCUCACCCAAACUAAGAAAACCUGCCCGGUGUGCAAGCAGCGAGUGACCCGUCCCGACCCCGAGUCUUCAGACUCCGACAGAGAGGAAGAGGAAGAGGAGGCAGACUCUGAGCGCACGCCUCUCCUCCGGCCCCCCGCCGCCUCCAGCCCGCCUCACACAUACUCCUCCACGGUCACCACCUCCGCACAGUGUCUGCAGCCGGACGAGCCCCCGCUGGGGGGGGACCAGCACCACUCGCCCGUCCAGGACUCGGAGGAAGACACUGAUGAUGAUGGAGACACCACAGCGCUCAUGGGACGGGGCGCACUGCGAGUCUGAGGACUCAGAACAGAACAGCUUCUCCUCUCCAGUCUUCAUGGAGAUUUGCAUCCGUCUCGUUCUUCACUAGCUACACUACACAGCUUCACACAUUUGUGUGUUUCACUAAAUCAUCUUUCCCCUAAAACUUGGUCCGUGUCCAAAAGAGAAGCUGACGUUCUGAAGUGAAGGAGGCAGAAUAGCCCAUCCCCAAACCGAUCCGUUCAGAAGCGAUCAUUGCGUCCCGCUCGUGUCGUUCCAAACCCACGAGACGUUCAUUCAUCUCUUGAACACAAAUCAAGAUGCGUGUCGUAUUCCCUCAUCUGUUGGAAGGCCGCUUUCAUUGAACGUGUCGUCUUCAUGUGUGUUUUGAAGACGGAUGAGAGUCUUAUGGGUUUGGAGCAACAUGAUGGAAAGCAAAUGACUAUUUUAAUUUCUGGUUUAUUGAUAGUCAGUUUGUGGAAAAGAGCAGCCUCCUUAUUCUGCUAAAGAUCUCCAUUUGUGUUUGACUGAAAAUAAACAAAACACAAGGGCGAGUAAAUAGUGACACAUUUCUCAAAAUUCAUCUAAGUUGGUGGUUCUUGGCUGAUCAUCAUUUAUGUGCAAUACAGACCAGUUUGUAAAUUAACACUUUAUUUUAUUUUAUUUAUAAUCCAGAGGCCACACAGAAAUCAUCAGUGUCCUGGUUUUAUGUUAUUUUUAGUAAACCCCUGUAUAACUCAACCUGCGAUCCAACAACAGUAUUCAGUUUUGAUUCGUUUGGGUUGUUAGAACAGCACAGAUCCUUCAUUAUCUGCUGUUUGUCUUUCUAAAGCAGAUCUCUCUCUCUACAUCAUGUAUCAGCAUUAUUCACUCUCUCACACUGACACACAGUUCAGAUUUCUUACCAUUAUUGAUGCAAGCUGUAAAGCUGAAUGAACAAACUCUAUGUUUAAUGUAGACCUUCAUGAUUUGAAUGCUAGCUGCUGUUUCAGAUUGACUCUGAUCGUAGCCUUGUCCUGUGACUGAAUAAACCUGUGCCUACGUCA